AUGGUGAUUUUUUGUUGCAAAAAAGCGGAAGCGAAAGCGGCCGAGCGCCGGGGCGGGGAGCGGGGCGAGAGGGCAGGCGGUGCUCCAGCUCCGCCCGCCCCUCGCCUCCGCUCCGUCCGCGCCGCUGCUGCACCGCCGCUGCCGAGCCGCUCCGGAGGGAUGAGGGAGCGCGGCGCUGCGGCGCUGCCUGGCCUCGGCGCUCCCGCGCCUGCCCGCCCGAGCCGCGGGCUGUGCGGGCGGCACCCCCGGGGUGGCGGCGCGGCGGCGGCCCGCAAAAUCACCGAGAAUGCAAAGAAAUCCUUGGCCUCUCUUAAGAGACAAAACCCUCAGCUUGAGCCAACACUUGCCAUUGUUCAGGCACAUAAUGAUCAUUUGAUUCAAGAAGCAAACAAGAACUUUGCCAAAGAGGUUGGUCUACGCAUUAUUCACAUCUGUCUCCCUGAAGGCAGCAGCAAGGAUGAGAUUGUCAGUGAAAUCUUGAGACUUAAUGAGGAUCCUAACGUGCAGGGCCUUGCCCUUGACCUCCCAGAAAGCUUAUGUAGCAGUAAGGUAUUAAAUGCUGUGAAACCAGAGAAGGAUGUGGAUGGAUUAUCCAGUGUAAACCUAGGACACUUAGUAUGUGGUGAUGUCUAUGAUUGUCUAGUUCCUCCUACAGUGUGUGCAGUGAUGGAGCUUCUUGAAAAUCUAGGUGGAAAGACGGUGCUGCUGGUGGGAGCUGGUGGGGCAGUGGGUGCUGCCCUGCAGAGCAUGCUGCAGAGGGAGGGAGCAGUGAUCGUCAGCUGCCCGUGGAAAGCCCCACAGCUGCAGAGUGAGCUUCGUCACGUGGAUGUGGUGGUAUUUGGCAGUAUGAAACCCGAUGAUGUUCCUGUGAGCGGGAUAAAGCCUGGAACCACCAUUAUCAGUUGUUCUCAUGACAUGCUGUCAGAGAAACGCAACUAUGGUCAGCAAAACACCUCUGCUGCAGAAAACGCUGUUGGUUCUCUUGCAAUAGCAAUGAGAAUGCAGAACAUGGUAAAAACCAUGGAGCGAUGGAUCCAGUCCCAUCAGUACAGGAAGUGGAACCUGCACUGCUUGAAACUGCAGCCCCUCUCCCCAGUGCCCAGUGAUAUUGAGAUUUCCCGAGCACAGAGUCCAAAAGCUGUUGAUGUACUUGCCAAGGAGAUAGGAUUGCUUACAGAUGAAAUUGAGAUCUAUGGUCAAACCAAAGCCAAAGUACGUUUGUCCCUGCUGGAAAGGUUAAAGGAUCAACCAGAUGGAAAAUAUGUUCUAGUUGCUGGAAUAACCCCAACACCCCUAGGAGAGGGGAAAAGCACAGUCACAGUUGGUCUCGUUCAGGCACUUACUGCACACCUUAAAAUUAAUUCCUUUGCUUGUCUGAGACAACCUUCUCAAGGACCUACAUUUGGAGUUAAAGGUGGAGCAGCUGGUGGUGGAUACGCUCAAGUGAUCCCCAUGGAGGAGUUCAAUCUUCAUUUGACUGGAGACAUUCAUGCUAUAACUGCUGCAAAUAAUUUGCUGGCUGCUGCUAUUGAUGCUAGGAUCUUGCAUGAAAACACUCAGUCUGAUAAGUCUUUGUAUAAUAGGCUGGUUCCAGUAGUUAAUGGCAUGAGAGGAUUUUCUGCUAUUCAGCUUGCCCGUCUGAGAAAGCUGGGAAUAAACAAGACUGAUCCCGAGACUUUAACAGAAGAGGAGAUCAGCAAAUUUGCACGCCUUGAUAUUGACCCAUCUACCAUAACGUGGCAAAGAGUGGUGGAUACAAAUGACAGAUUCCUGCGCAAAAUAACAAUUGGACAGGCAAGUACAGAGAAAGGAUUUGUCCGUCAGGCUCAGUUUGAUAUUGCUGUUGCAAGUGAAAUUAUGGCCAUCCUGGCACUUACCACCAGCCUUCAAGAUAUGAGAGAGAGACUGGGGAAAAUGGUGGUGGCUAAUGGCAAGAAAGGAGAACCAGUUACAGUGGAGGAUUUGGGAGUAACAGGUGCUUUGGCAGUUUUGAUGAAAGAUGCAAUUAAGCCCACGCUAAUGCAGACAUUAGAGGGAACACCAGUAUUCGUUCACGCUGGACCUUUUGCUAACAUUGCACAUGGAAAUUCCUCUGUUUUGGCAGAUAAAAUUGCCCUUAAAUUAGUUGGAGAGAAAGGAUUUGUAGUAACUGAAGCUGGCUUUGGUGCUGACAUUGGGAUGGAGAAAUUCUUCAACAUCAAAUGCAGGGCAUCUGGCUUGUUUCCCAGUGUGGUUGUACUUGUUGCUACAGUGAGGGCUUUGAAGAUGCAUGGAGGUGGGCCAAAUGUAACUGCUGGUGCCCCCUUGAAGAAAGAAUACACAGAAGAGAACCUCCAGCUGGUAGCUGAUGGCUGCUGUAAUCUACAGAAACAGAUUCAAAUUACUCAACUCUUUGGAGUUCCUGUUGUGGUUGCUCUAAAUGUCUUCAAAACCGACUCUCCUGCUGAGGUUGAUCUGGUGUGUAAGAUUGCAAAGCAGUCUGGAGCAUUUGAUGCUGUACCCUGCAAUCACUGGUCAGCUGGUGGUAGAGGAGCAGUAAAAUUAGCUCAAGCUGUGGAAAAGGCGGCCAAUCAGAAAAACAGUUUCAAAUAUCUCUACAACUUGGAGCUUCCCAUUGUUGAAAAAAUAAGGAUCAUUGCUCAGAAGGUGUACGGAGCUCAGGAUAUAGAGUUGUCUCCUCUUGCGCAGUCACAAGUUGAUCGUUACACCCGGCAGGGAUUUGGAAAUCUUCCCAUUUGUAUGGCAAAAACUCAUCUGUCCCUCUCCCAUCAGCCUGAGAGGAAGGGUGUUCCCACCGGUUUCAUUUUGCCGAUUAGCGAUGUACGAGCCAGUGUUGGAGCUGGAUUCAUCUACCCUUUGGUAGGAACGAUGAGCACCAUGCCAGGACUUCCCACAAGGCCAUGUUUCUAUGACAUCGACCUUGACCCCAUCACAGAACAAGUGGAAGGAUUGUUUUGAGAGUGAGGUCCAAAUUCAGAAGCCUGAAAACUCAGAGCUACAACUUUCCUGUUUCCUGCAAGUAGGAGACAAAAAUGAAUCUGAAAUAUUCCUGUUAUGUGUCUCUGGAGGAAUGUCAAGAUAGACCAAAGAGCAAAAGUUUACUCCUUCUUCAAACUAGUUUUUAUGAUGAAAUAUAGCUUUAGGGUUAAAAAAAAAAAAAAAAAUCACAAAAAAAGACCAGCAAGCUGAAGUUUUACUCACUGUCAUGCAGGAAACACUCUACUGGGGUUUAUGCUUGUUUGUGGAUAAAAUGACAUUGAAAAUGAGCAGUUUUUCAACUUGGAGUUUUCCUCUUUUCUCAGAAGAGUUUACAGAAGUAUUUCCUUUAUCUUGGCUAUCUAAAAACUUGUGUAAACCCGAUUAUGCUGUGUGACCAAGCCUAUUUCUCUCUGAAAAGUACGCUUUUGCUCCUGGCAUUCAGGAGCUGAAGCUACACACAGAUUAACUGCACAUUUUUGAGUUAUCAUCAAAUGUUGCUCUGGAUGCAUUUGGGCAGCAGCCAAGCUUCGAGCAAGGAAGAUAUUAAACAGACAAAGAACAGAGAAUGUAUUUUGUAAAAGUUUUUUAAUAUAUAAUUUGUUUCCUUGUUGGGCAAAGAUCUUUUGAAACACUUAAGCCAUAGCUGUCUUGUAUCCAUAGGUCUGUCUUUAUCCAAAGCAUGUGUUACAGGCUGUCCAGCUGAUUAUGUGGUUGUUGUGGUGACGCUGAUUGUUCAGAGAGGGCACUACUCCUUCUGAAGCACUGUUUUGCUCCCGUUCAUGGUUAAUGAAGCCUCCUGCUGUGCUGGCUCCCGACUAGAGUUUUUCCCUAGCAGUACACAACGCCCAGUAACAACAGAGGAACGUCCAUCAAGCAGGGAUGCAACAGGGCACAGCUUUGUGUGCUUCAUUUUGCAGGUUUUAACCACCAUACUUGCAAAACUGGAGGGUAUUUUUAUUUGAAGGGGGUAUUCAAACAAGCUGAAUUGUAAACCGUGUUCUUAAAUUUACCUCAGUAACUUACCUUUCCUGGUUUUUCCUAAACCUGAAGCAAAACAAGCCUUAGGCAUAGGAUACUGCAUUUAGCUUUCCAAGCCGCUACUCCUCAGGAAACUCUCGCUCACUGAUUGUUGGUUCCUUCAAUAACAAAAAAUGCAGCAGAACAAUAGGGUGAAUCGAGACAAUAGGCCAUUGUUUUUUUAGGUAAAAAGCAGUGAAAUAAUGAUGAGAGAGUUUAUUUUCCUGAUGACGUUUUCCAUCCUGUCGCUUUGCUCUGCUUACGCACAUCUGCAUGUUAUGGGCUUUUGCAGUGUAGUUUUGGUUCCCUUCUACAGAGCCACAUUUGGAGACUUAAUUAUCUCAGGAACUCUGUAGUAAUUGAGGGGUUUGUUUUGGUUUUUAAAAUCAUGCUUCGUUAUUUAUAAACUCAAGACUAUAAUUACGGACAGUAGAGCAAACUGGGGGCAAUUAAUUAUCUGUGCCUUCCCUGGAGUAGCACGGAAAUGUCUGUUGAUUGCAUUUUAGUGCUAUUCAUAGCAUGGACCUCCAACACUAUGGGGAUUGCUGUGAAGAUAAAUUUAAAUGUAAAAACUAGAGCAAUUUGAUAUUUUAUCCUUAUUAGACAAUAGAGCUCAUAAUGGCCUAGACUGUGGAUGCUUUAAUUACACUGGGACUGCAUGACAAACAUGAUAAGUAGAAAGUAAGAUUCAGGUGUGGCUCUCACAGCUGCUGGGAAGAAACAUUUCUGAUAUAGUCUAUUAAACUGUGCAACAAAAUACAACCAUGCUCUUUAUACACAUAGCAGCAUUGUUAAUUAGUCUUGCACACAUUGAGCUAUCCAGCCAAGAAAUAGCCAAAGAGUUUUGGAAGAAAAUAAGUGUGGUUUCUGGACAUAGUUUUCCUAGUAGCAUCCUUACAAGAAAAAGAAAUAAGGUUUUCCCUCCAUCUUGUCCAGAGAAAUUCAGAAAACCGUAAUCGUGCCUUACUAGGGGUCACUGUGGUUCCCCUGCAGGUGCACUGGAAUUAUCCCCAUUCAGUGUGGGAUACUAAAUGUGGCACUAGCUGACUGCCUUGUGAAGCUUCCAUAUGGAUGUGGAUGUCUAAGCAAAACGUUUUAUAAGUCACCUCAAACUGCUGCUUGAUACCUUCUGUAGUGGCAUCUCCAUAUUAUCCCUUCAGGCCACGCACACUGAGAUUGUUUAUCUGACCCAUCAGUCUCUCCCUAAAACACCAUUCCAGCUCAUUUAGUUGAGAGUUGACAAACACCCUGUGCUUUUUCUACUAUUAUGUGCACAGGAUUUGUUAUUUUGUUUAGAUAGCUUCAGUAAUUCAAGAAAGGUGGAAUGGCCCUCUCUUCUUUGACCAUAGCUUUUCUCCCACCCCAUCUAGUUUAACUAGCUGCAAAAAUCUCUCAAGCUGUUACAUUUUUGGUCCUUUGUCAUGAUGCAAAGCAUUGAGCUAUUGGCCACCAGCUAACCUGCAGAAACUGCCACAGUAUAUUUCCUGGGACUCCCCUGAUACUGAGGCCUUCAUCCAGAAGAGUUUAAAAUGAAAUCUUUUUAAUAUCAGUGUUAUUGUUAGGUUUAUCACUUGUUACAUGGAUGUGACUGUAGGUAUGGGACCCCUACCUUUGCAUCUACAGUGAGCAAUGUUAUCACAUGGCAGAACCAGGGCUUGAUAAGGCAGGUCGCCAUGCUUAUCCCUGCAUUUGCUAAAGUGUUUUAAGUACCAUGUGGUUGUUUAUUAUCAGAAGAUCUGCUUUUUGUUGUGGCUCAAUACUUUGCUACUGCUGAACUACUUCUGUAAUGACAUUGAAAUACUUCAGACUACAUGCAACUGGUUUCAGUCAUUUGUAUUCUAAAAUUCAAAAUCCCAGAAUUUCAGUUGCCAUAAACAUGAAAAUAAAGUCUGUGUGUGUACUAAUGUUUAGUUCGCACACGUGGUGUCUGUCUGAAGUCUGAAUUAAUUAAUAAAAUACAUCCAUUAUUUAA